AUGUGGACCGCACGCCUGCUUUUCCUCGCCAGCCUCUUUACACCAGCCGCAAUGGCUUUCAGUCGAGCACCCAUCCCCAUGGCGGUGGUGAGGAGGGAGCUGUCGUGUGAGAGCUACCCCAUCGAGCUCCGCUGCCCGGGCACAGACGUCAUCAUGAUCGAGAGCGCCAACUACGGCCGCACCGACGACAAGAUCUGCGAUGCUGACCCGGCGCAGAUGGAGAACACGCGGUGUUACCUUCCAGAUGCGUACAAGAUCAUGUCUCAGAGAUGUAAUAACAGGACCCAGUGCGCCGUUGUUGCCGGACCCGACGUGUUUCCUGACCCUUGCCCGGGAACCUAUAAGUAUCUGGAGGUCCAGUACGAGUGCGUACCCUACAUAUUCCUGUGCCCAGGGCUUCUGCGCAGGGUGUAUCAGAGUGAGCACCUCUUUGAAUCGGACCACCAGUCUGGGGCCUGGUGCAAGGACCCUCUGCAGGCUUCUGAUAAGAUCUACUACAUGCCUUGGACCCCUUACCGCACGGACACCUUGACUGAAUACUCUUCCAAAGAAGACUUCAUUGCUGGGCGGCCAACAACAACCUACAAGCUCCCACACCGUGUGGAUGGCACAGGCUUUGUGGUGUAUGAUGGCGCGCUCUUCUUCAACAAGGAGCGCACGCGCAACAUUGUGAAGUUCGACCUGCGAACUCGUAUCAAGAGCGGUGAGGCUAUCAUAGCUAAUGCCAACUACCAUGACACAUCCCCCUACCGCUGGGGAGGUAAAUCCGAUAUUGACCUGGCCGUAGAUGAAAACGGACUUUGGGUGAUUUACGCCACUGAGCAGAACAACGGGCGGAUUGUCAUCAGCCAGCUCAAUCCCUACACGCUGCGCGUGGAGGGGACCUGGGACACCGCCUACGACAAGCGCUCAGCAUCCAACGCCUUCAUGAUCUGCGGGAUCCUUUAUGUGGUGAAGUCGGUGUACGAGGAUGAUGACAAUGAAGCAACAGGAAACAAGAUCGAUUAUAUCUACAACACAGAACUAAGUAAAGAUGGCUUUCUGGACAUCCCCUUCCCCAACUCCUAUCAGUACAUUGCUGCUGUGGAUUAUAAUCCCAGGGACAAUCUACUAUAUGUUUGGAACAACUACCAUGUUGUGAAGUACUCUCUUGACUUCGGAGCACUGGAUAACAGACUCGCAUGCCUGACCUGCCACACCAGUGGAGCAUGCUAUGUGGGCAGCAGAGCAGCAGAGGCGAGGACAGGCCCGCAGCUGGGCCAGCACCCAACCACAAGGACCAGGGCACAGCACACGCCAAAGGGCAUUUGGCACGGACAGGGCAAUGGGAUUUGGAGUGGCUGA